AUGCUGGUGGCGGUGGCAGUUGCGGUGUCCGUGGUCCUGGCCCUGGCCCUGGCUCUCCUCGUCCCCACCCUGCGGCACCGGCUGGUCCUUUUCGCGCUGCACCGCGCCGCGGGCCGGUACCGGCGGCGUCUGGAGCGGCUGGGCAGCGAGGUGGGGCUGAGCCAGGAGCGGCGGCUGCGGCGGCUGCUGCCCCCCGGCACGGCCCACGGCUCAGAGGCCUUCCGGGAGGGGCAGCCGCUGGUGCAGAGCUGCCCCGAGCAGGGGCUGGGGGAGCAGGUGCCCCCACUGCAUCCCUGGGCCCUGCUCCGCAGCUGCUGGGGCACAGAUCCCCCUCUGCAGGGCUCUCUACUCUACCUCGAUGUCCUCCGUGCCACCUUCCCGCAGGCGCUGGCUCCCCAGGGCAUGGCCCUUCUCUCCUGGGCACCCAGCGGCUCCCGUUCCCCGGCGGGCUGGCUCCUGCCCACCCUGUACUGCACUCCGGAAGAGUCGGGCACCUUGUCCUCGCGGGCUGCUGCUCUGCGGGUGCAGCUGCUCUUUGCCCUGCGGCAGCCUGCCCUGCGUGUGCUGGAGGCUGGGCUGGCAGCAGAGCUGCACGAUGCCUUGAGCACUCUGCGCUCCGAGUGGCCCGCGCUGGCCCAGGACCUGGCACUGGGCAGGCUGAGCCCCCAGCCUGGGCUGCCUGAGGACGUUAGGGGCCGGCUGGAGGCGCUGCUGGCCCCCGACACUGUCCGGGCGGCUGAGCUCCGGGCCGAGUGCGCCCAAGGCUUCGAGGGCAUCGUGCAGCGCCUGUGGCCGCAGCUGGAGGUGGUGGUGGUAGGGAUGGCACACGGUGCUGAGAAGCUCUACCGUGAUGCCCUCCACUAUGUUGACUGCAAGGGGCUGCCCAUCUACUGCCCCUUCUACCGGGCAGCAGGAGCCCUGCUCGGUAUGAACCUGUGGCCAGAGGAGCCGGUGCCCCGAUUCCUGCUGUGCCCUGAUUGGGCUUUCUGUGAGUUCCUGCCCUGCCCAGCCAAGGAGGAUUCGCAGACGGUGCUGCUGGGGGAGCUCUGGGAGGGGCGCGAGUACAGGCUGGUGCUGACGGCACGGCCAGGGGAGUACAGGUGCCAGGCCGGAGAGGUACUGAGAGUGACCGGCUUCCACCGUCAGUGUCCUGUGGUGCAGCCUGUACGCAGGGACAGCCAGGUGCUGAAUGUGCGGGGUGAGAACAUCCCCGAGGAGCACUUCUGCCAGAGCCUGUGCCGCGCCGUGGGCAUGUGGCCAGGGGCCCGCCUGGUCGACUAUGUCUGUGUGGAGAGUGCCCUGCUGGGAGCCUCCUCAGGGGCCUCUGCUCCCCACUAUGAAGUGUUUGUGGAGCUGCGAGGCCUGCGGGACCUGUCGGAGGGGCAGCGCUACAAGCUGGACCAGUGUCUCCAGGAGGAUUUUCCCAUUUACAAAUCCUUCCGCUUCAAGGGCAGCAUCGGGGCCCUGCGCCUGCACCUGGUAGGGGCUGGAGCCUUCACCCGGCUGCGGGAGGCACUGGGCUCUGCCUGUCCCAUGCCCAGGGUCCUGCGGGAAGAGCAGCUGCUGCACCUUAUCCAGAGCAAUGUCAUCUCCUAG